CAUAAUAUAAGAGUAUGUCUUUGAUUACGUUGUUUUAUAACUGGCAGUCCAAUCGAGUCUGUCACGCAUCAUGGUCGCUACGGUCAAGUGCGCGAGAUCAUUCUUAUCGAUACUGUUUUGUUUCUCUCAAGUAAAUGGGGAAGUAAUAAAAUACAAACUAAACGACGGAAAUGAAAUUCCUGCUGUAGCGCUAGGCACCAGCCUGGGACAUUUGGCAGAUGGCACGCGGGUACUGCCGACGAACCACUCGCUCGCUCGCGCAGUACAAUGGGCCCUGGAGGCCGGCUAUCGACACAUUGACACCGCGGCGUUGUACCGGGUGGAGGACGAGGUCGGCCUGGGGGUGCGCCGCUUCCUACAAGACAACGACACCCGCGCCGACGUUUACGUCACCACCAAAUUAUGGAACGAUGCUCACGAAAGAAACGAAGUGAUUCCUGCUCUGAAGAAGUCGUUAGAACUGUUACAAAUGGACUACAUCGAUCUCUACCUCGUACACUAUCCAAUGGCAUACAAGAAAGACGGCAGCAUCAGUUCUACAGAUUACCUAGAAACCUGGGAAGGCAUGGAGGAUGCUAAGGAGAUGAAUCUCACCAAGUCCAUAGGUGUUUCAAAUUUCAACUUAACGCAAAUGCAGCGGCUCUGGGAUAACUCUAGGAUAAAACCGGCAGUUUUACAAAUCGAGGUGAACCCAACGAUAACCCAAACCGAGCUGAUAGCGUGGUGUCGCGCCCACGGCGUGGUUGUGAUGGCGUACAGUCCGUUCGGCGCCAUUCUCGGCCGAAAACCGACCGCGCCGCCGCCUAGAGCUGACCACCCAACCCUGCGCCGUAUAGCCGAGAAAUAUAACAAAACUGUUCCACAGAUAUUAAUAAGAUAUUUGGUUGAUCAAGGAUUAGUGGCCAUACCUCGCUCCACAAACAAGGAGCGUAUACAGCAGAACAUUGACAUAUGUGACUUCAGCCUGAGCCCCCAGGAGAUUUCUGAGUUAUCUACCUUUAACAAAGACUAUAGGCUCAGAACACCGGCUAAAUGGUACCCGCAUCCAGAAUUUCCUUUUGAAAAAAAAAACCUUACUGCUGCUGAAAUACAGUACAUUAUUGAACACAGCAAGGAGGAUUAAAACACAGGAAAGUAAAAAGUUCGAUUGUAAAUUUUAUUCUACGGUAAUAAUUCGUAAAUUCUGUCUAAACGGCUGCACUAAAAACCUUUAAUAUUUAAAACCCUUUUACACUCUAAAAUAAUGUACAAAAUUAAAUUAUAUAAUCAACAAGAAAUUAAAUAUUAUUUAUUCCA